UGUUUGUCUGGUUUUGACUUGACACGGAGUUUAAGAAAGUAAGAAAAUGUAUAGAUCGCUUGUGCUCUUAAACAUGUCACAUUGAAAAUUAUUAUAAAAGAUAGAAGGCAUUGUUUUUCAAACGGACUAAAAACGAGGGAGUACAACUUAAUAAAGAAAUGAAUCAUGGUACUCUUUUUUUUCUUCAGAAAAGGAAUUGAGGUUCUUGGUAUUGAACUGUCAUGGCAAAAGAUCAAACUGGUUUUUCCAGUUUUCGAUUUUGUUGCUGGUUUCUUGUUUUCUUCUUUGCCUUGUCAUCUAUUCCUCUACUCUACUGGCCUUGUUUCUUUGGCUAUGGCUAUUCCUAUAUCCAAAUGACAACGAGCAACAAAAAUGGAUCAACUAAUCUACUGAGAUUCUCGAAAGCUUGGAAUCAUCUUGACUUUUCAUCACAACCACCUCAAAGACUCCUUAAAAUUGCUCUGUUUGUCAAGAAAUGGCCAGAUGAAAAUAAAGCUGGAGGACUUGAACGACACGCCUUAACACUCCAUCUCGCCUUAGCUAAACGAGGCCACGAGCUUCAUAUCUUCACAGCUUCAUCCUCCAACUCAUCAUUCCCUUUAUAUCCACAUUUUCACAUCUCGAGGCCUACUGCUGCCGGAUAUCUUGACCAAGCCGUUGUUUGGAAGCAAUUUCAAGCAGAAAACGCGACAAAAAGGCCCUUCGAUGUGAUUCAUACAGAGAGUGUAGGCCUUAGACAUACUAGAUCGAAAAACCUGAAAAAUCUUGCUGUUAGCUGGCACGGAAUUGCCUAUGAAACUAUACAUUCUGAUAUCAUACAGGAGCUUCUCCGAAAUACUACUGAUGAUCCUGUAAAGUCACCUGCUUUGUCUGAAAGAAUGAAGAAGGUUAUUGAAGAGGUAAAGUUUUUCCCAAAUUACGCUCACCAUGUUGCCACGAGUGAUCAUGCUGGAGAUGUACUUAAAAGGAUCUAUAUGAUCCCUGAAGAACGCGUUCAUGUCAUACUAAACGGUGUCAAUGAGGAGAUAUUCAAGCCUGAUGUUUCAAAGGGCAGUGCUUUCAGAUCCAACCUUGGAAUCCCGGAAUCAAAGUCCCUAAUCGUGGGGUUAGCCGGGAGGUUAGUUAAAGAUAAAGGACACCCUUUAAUGUUUGAAGCCUUACAACAAAUUUUCAAUGAGAACUCAACAUUCAGGGACAAUGUCAUUGUUCUGGUUGCUGGAAAUGGUCCAUGGGGUACUCGAUACAAAGGCCUCGGAUCGAAUAAUGUGAUGGUUUUAGGACCAUUAGAACAGGAUCAACUAGCAGGAUUCUACAAUGCAAUAGAUGUAUUCAUAAACCCCACAUUAAGAGCUCAAGGAUUGGAUCACACACUAUUAGAAGCCAUACUAACAGGUAAGCCUUUGUUAGCAACGAAACUCGCCAGCAUUACUGGUUCGAUCAUCGUUAGCCAAGAAAUCGGGUAUACAUAUGCACCUACAGUAAGGGAAUUGAAGAAAGCUUUGUAUAAGAUUUUGGAGGAUGGAAGGGAAAGUUUACAGAAGAAAGGAAGAUUUGCUAGAAAGAGGGGUUUGAAGUUGUUUACUGCUACCAAAAUGGCUGCAGCAUAUGAAAGACUGUUUCUUUGUAUCUCAAGUGAUGAAAAGCAAGCACAUAACUAUUGUAUGUACCAACCUCAGUAAGGGUUUCUGUUACGAUCAAACGCUUAUCAUCAUUGUCAAAAAAGUAUACCUCAUGCAACAUGUUGCUUUUGAGAA